UGGUCAAAGUCAACAAUAUAUAUUAUUAGAAGAAUGUUAAACAGAUUUGUUGAGUAAUCUCACCUAAUGAUCCAAAUCAACAAAAGAUAUCAUUAUAAGAAUGUAAAUCAGAUUUGUUGAGUAAAUGUAAAUCAGUUCAAUACACGCACCGUCCUAUUUAUAGACAAUUUAGACCGUACUUUUUUAACUUUAUAAAUAAUGAAAUGAUGAGAUUAAUCUUCUCAUAUCAAUUAUAUAUUAUAAGUAGAGAGAAGGUUAUCUCAUAUCAUGGCACAUGUAAACAAGAAACCUAGGAAAGUGUUACACAUACAGUAUGGCAAAUAAUCAGACGAGUCCAAAGAAAUGAGGGAAACAGCGCACACAGGAAAGCAAGCAAGAAGAAAGCAAUAAAUUAAAGUGCGGGGGGCACAACAGAAUGGCGAAAACCCCUGAAACAAUUCAACCAAUUAAGGAAGAGCCUUUGGAGCUGAAAACUCGGCUUCAUCUGUGAUGUUCUUCCUUGAAUAACUCACCAAACACUCCCUUUCUGCUGCAGCCUUGAAAUCAGAUUCAUCUCUCUCGCAUGAUGAUGAUACCAUGAAUUGAAUCAACGUCGUAUCCACAUAUAUGUACAUACAAGUAGAACAUCCACUUGUGUUGUGUUUUGUCUUCUUCAACGCAAUUCACUGCCCCGCCCCGCAUCAAUAAUCAUUCCCAUCAUCCUCAGCUUCAAUUCCCCCCAUCCGUGUUUCGUUACAUAUAUAUAUAUAUAUAUUUGAUUAAAUUAAUGUAAUCUAUGUCGGCAACAGAUCAACGAGAAGCAACGCUGAGAAAUACAAUGGAGACCGCGACGGAGAUGGCCGACAUAGAGGCCCCCACCACCCAAGCCAACCCCCAACUGGGAUCCCAUACUUCUUCCAUCUUCAAGAAAGCCAAUCGUCCUGUUACUUUGAAGUUUGAGAAUGUGGUUUACAAGGUGAAGCCGGCCCGAAAACAAGGAUUCAGUUUACUGAAACCCAAGAAACAAAAAUCCGAUGAAUCCGAGAAAAUAAUCUUGAAAGGGGUGACGGGGAUUGUGUUUCCCGGCGAAGUUCUUGCCAUGCUCGGCCCUUCCGGCAGCGGGAAGACCACUCUACUAACCGCAUUGGGAGGCCGACUGGGCGGCCAUCUCGGCGGGACCAUAACCUACAACGCCAAACCGUUUUCAAACGCCAUGAAGCGCAACACCGGGUUUGUUACCCAGGAUGACAUCUUGUACCCUCACCUCACCGUCACGGAGACGCUAGUCUUCACGGCGCUGCUCCGUUUGCCCAGGACUUUAACUAAACAGGAAAAGAUUAAUCAAGCGGAGGCCGUGAUUACGCAGCUUGGGUUGACGAAGUGCAAGAACAGCAUCAUAGGUGGUGUCCAUUUGAGAGGGAUUUCCGGGGGAGAGAGAAAGAGGGUUAGUAUAGGACAAGAAAUGCUGAUAAACCCUAGCCUGCUUUUCUUGGAUGAACCGACAUCUGGGCUGGACUCCACCACCGCUCAGCGGAUAGUGUCCACGUUGUGGGAGCUUAGUAAGGGUGGGAGAACAAUCGUGAUGACCAUCCAUCAACCUUCGAGCAGGUUGUUUUACUUGUUCCAUAAAGUGCUUUUGUUGUGUGAAGGAAACCCCUUGUAUUUUGGGAAGGGAUCAGACGCCAUGAGUUAUUUCUCCAGCGUUGGAUUUUCCCCCUCAGUCGCCAUGAAUCCCUCAGACUUCUUGUUAGACCUCGCAAAUGGUAUUACGGGUGAUGAUUCGCAGGCGGAUCCAGCGACAGUGAAAGAGAGCUUAGUUUGCGCUUUUAAGACCAAUUUGCUAGAAUCUUUGAAGAGGGAACUACAUGAACUUAAUGACGACGAUGUGGCUUCGAGCGGCGUAGACCAUAAGCAAUUCAAGCGAUGGGCAAUACCGUGGUGGGAACAAUUCUCAGUGUUGUUGAAAAGGGGAUUGAAACAGCGAAAGUACGAGUCCUUCUCGGGCCUGAAAGUAGGCCAAGUUUUGGCUGUAGCCCUUCUCACCGGGGCUUUAUGGUGGAAAUCCACCGACUUGCAAGAUCAGGUUGGGCUUCUGUUUUUCUCGUCAUCAUUCUGGGGAUUCUUCCCACUCUUCCAAGCAAUCUUCACAUUCCCAGCAGAAAAAAUGAUGCUUCACAAGGAAAGAUCUUCAGGAAUGUACAAACUCUCAUCAUUCUUCAUGGCAAGAACAGUGGGCGACCUUCCAAUGGAGCUAGUCCUUCCAACAGUCUUCAUCAUAAUAACAUACUGGAUGGCUGGUCUAAAAUCCACCGCCCUCAACUUCUUCUCCGCCUUAUCAGUCAUCCUCCUCUGCGUAUUAGUCUGCCAGGGCCUCGGCCUCGCCAUCGGAGCCUUCGUAAUGGACCAGAAAUCCGCCACAACCCUCGGAUCAGUGAUCAUGCUAUCAUUCCUCCUAGCCGGAGGGUUUUACGUGCGCCACGUGCCCAACUUCAUAUCAUGGAUCAAGUACAUAUCAAUCGGGCAAUAUACGUAUAAAUUGUUGUUGGAGUCGCAGUACAAGGUGGGGGAGACAUAUCCUUGUUCGUCCGGGUCAGGGGUUUGUUUGGUUGAGGAUCAUCCUGCAAUUAAGAAAGCAGGGCUAGGGCAACAUGUAAUCUUAUCAGUGGUGGCAUUGCUUGUCAUGUUGGUAGGAUACAGGUUACUUGCUUAUGUAGCCCUAAUGAGGGUUGGGAGAACCAAGUAGUUUAGCUAGCUAGGUUUAUACUAGUAGUAGAUAAUGGCUAGUUAGCUUUAAUUUCAUUGCUUUAAGAUAAAUGGCUUAAAACUCAACUAAUAUAACUAUUGGAUCAGAGUUGCUCUUAUGUAGUCC